UUCGUCACAGCACCGGCAAUCACCCAACAUGAUCACCAUUUAUUUUCAAAACACUAUACUCGGGUUGUAUGCCAGAUUCACACACUGUAUGCUUUACAAAUAAAUUGAGUAAAAUCAUACGUUAUGCAGACAUUGUACGGAAGUUACGCAGCUCAAAAUACAGUGUGGUGAAAUCGAUAGUAAAAAUAAAAUAAUGAAAAAUAUCGAUCAGUUUUAAAUUAAACUUCAGUUAUAGAACGGGUACAAGCAGUAUGGACUUUAUGUUGGGUUACAUAGAAUCUGUCGUGUUUUAUUUUAUUUUACUGGCUGUCCUCAUGUAUACACUUUUUUGCAUAGCAUGUUAUUUUAUUAGCCAGGAAUGAAAUACUGCUAAACUGAAUUACGUAUUUUGAGUAGAAUAUGUGCAAGGUAUUUCGGCUUUUUUGCUUGAGUUGGUAAAGAUCUAAAAACCUUACAAAUGUCUUUAAUUUAGCAAAUUUGUGACCACAAUAUUUUCUACAGUCUUACACUUAGUGUAAUAAAAUGUCCCUACCUGUGAAACAAUGACGCUAAUGACUCCAUCCACUGGCGAUUUGUCUUUUAUGAUAUGCUUCCUUUUGCAUAAUUAGACCUGGGCUUAUUACAAUAUUUGAUCGUUUCCUUCGGAUAUAAGCAAUUCUUUUUGUGUAUGGACGCUGUCUGUGGUCCUGAAAUGUUGAAAAGAAUGCAAUUAUGAUACAUGGACCAUAUGAAGUCAGAUUAUUGAGCAGGUCUUCUACUCUGGGGUAAGAUGUUUUAGAUAUUCCAAUUCCUGUUUUAGAUAUUCCAAAUCCUGCUGAAAUGGGAGUCAACAGAACAGUGGUAACUAUGUGCAGUGAUGUGAAUCCUGCCUCUUAAAGAUUCGAAAAGAAAACAUCAGUAAUAUAACUCGUGGUGUCGCUGUUUACCUGCGAAACAACUACGCUGAUGUAUCCACCCACUGGCAUUUCCUCUUCUAUGAUGUGCUUCUUUUGUGGUGGAGAACUGUGCUUAUUGCACUGGUGACAUUUCCUUUCUACAAAACUGCUCAUUGUUUUUCAAUUCGUAUUAGAAAUUUGAGUAACGUUAGAAGCAACUGGAUUAAAUAGCCCUUUAUUUGCACGCAGUAUAAGAUGGAAAGCAUAUGCGUGCUGUCGGUCUUGCUGAACCUUUGUUUCUGCAUGUUUAUAAUGGCGAACAUUGCUAUUGGAGACGUGAGCUAUUCUUUACUGGAGGAGAUGAAGCGCGGAGCUGUGAUUGGAAAUAUAGCCAAGGAUCUCGGACUUAACCUAAACAAUCUUGCAGCUCGGAAGGCCCGGAUUGAUGCCGAGGGUACACGUAGAAAAUACUGCGACAUUAAUGUGAAUAGUGGAGAACUGACUGUAUCAGAGAGGAUCGACAGAGAGGGGCUUUGUGGAAAAAAGCCUGUUUGCAUCUUAAAACAGGAGCUGGUGCUGGAGAAUCCACUGGAAUCUCAUCGGAUUAACAUAAAUGUACAAGAUGUGAACGACAAUUCACCUGUAUUCAAAAAGGAGGUUAUAAAAUUGGAAAUUGGCGAAUCGGCAGAUAAAGGCUCUCGUUUUCUUUUGGAGGAGGCUCACGAUGCAGACAUUGGAACAAAUUCGGUUCAGACCUACACCCUGUCACGUAACGAACAUUUUUCAUUAGCGGUCAGUUCUAAAACAGGUGGACGAAUUUCCUGUGAACUGGUGUUGGAUGAGGAGUUAGAUCGUGAGCUAAAAAAUGAUGUAACAUUAAUUCUUACUGCAGUUGAUGGUGGGACUCCACCGAGAUCAGGUACUGUAACAAUACACGUCACUGUACUGGAUGCUAAUGAUAAUGCUCCAUUGUUUACUAAGUCGGUUUAUAAAGUCAGUCUGCCUGAAAAUUCUCCUAUAGAUACUCUGGUGGCUACAGUGAGUGCUACUGAUGCAGACGAAGGAGUAAAUGGGGAGGUGUUGUAUGAAUUUAGCCACGUUUCGGAGAAUGGUUUAACAACGUUCUCGCUCAACCCUAAUUCUGGACAGAUAUUAUUAGCAGAAUCGCUUGACUCCGAAGAUGAAUCCUCAUUUGAAUUACAGAUUCAAGCUACCGAUGGCUUAGGGCUAGUUUCGUUUGCUACCGUGAUUAUCGAAGUACUGGACAUUAAUGACAACUCACCUGUAAUAAUCAUUAAGACACUCUAUAGUCCUGUCCCCGAGAAUGUAGCUCUUUCUACCGAAGUGGGCAUCAUUAAUGUACAAGAUAGAGAUUCAGGAUACAGUGGACAGGUUUACUGUUCAAUUCAACAAAACAUCCCUUUUAAACUCGUUCCGUCCAUCAAAAAUUAUUAUUCCCUGGUGACUACAGGCGAGUUAGACAGAGAGCUAAUUUCUGAAUAUAACAUAACGAUCACUGCUACUGAUGAAGGCUCUCCACCUUUAUCCUCCUCUAAAACUAUUCACCUUUCAGUAGCUGAUGUAAAUGAUAAUCCUCCUGUAUUUAAGGAGCAGUUUUACAGCGCUCAUGUAAAGGAAAAUAACAAACCCGGCUCUUCUGUGUGUACAGUAGCAGCAAAAGACCCAGACUGGAGACAGAAUGGUACUGUAGUUUAUUCUCUUUUGCCGUCUGAUGUGAAUGGUUCACAAGUGUCCUCACUUCUAUCAAUUAAUGGAGACACAGGUGUUAUCCAUGCAGUGAGAUCUUUUGAUUAUGAACAGUUUAAAAGUUUUAAAGUACUUGUCUUAGCCAGAGACAACGGUUCUCCUCCACUCAGUAGUAACGUGACUGUAAGUGUCUUCAUAUCUGAUGAGAAUGAUAACUCCCCACAAAUAUUAUACCCCUCUCUGGAAGGAAAGUCCUUCAUGACUGAGAUGGUGCCCAAAGCUGCCCAGUCCGGCUCACUUGUAUCCAAGGUGAUCGCAGUAGAUGCAGACUCUGGUCAGAACGCGUGGCUCUCUUACCACAUAAUAAAAACAACUGACACUGGACUUUUUACUAUUGGUGAACACAGUGGAGAAAUCAGGAUGAAGCGGGACGCUUCUGAAUCUGACAACAUGAAGCAGAAUUUUGUGGUUUCCGUAAAAGAUAACGGAGAGCCUGCGCUCUCUGCUACAUGUUCACUGUAUUUACUCAUUUCUGAUAACUUGGCUGAGGUACCAGAACUGAAAGACAUGUCAUAUGAUGAGAGCAGCUCCAAGCUCACUUUUUAUUUGAUCAUCGCGCUGGUGUCCGUCUCCACUUUCUUCCUCACCUUCAUCAUCAUUAUCCUGGCCGUGAGGUUUUGUCACAGGAGGAAGCCCAGACUGUUGUUUGAUGGAGCUGUGGCCAUUCCCAGCGCGUAUCUCCCUCCAAAUUAUGCAGAAGUUGAUGGAGCGGGAACUCUCCGAAGCACCUACAAUUAUGAUGCAUAUCUGACCACAGGAUCACGAACGAGUGAUUUCAAGUUCGUCUCAACUUACAAUGACGUAACUCUGCCUGCUGACUUGACUCUGAAGAAGACCCCUACAUUCGUGGCGGAUCUUGAAGCAUUGUGCGAUGUAAAUGAUUCGAAGUCAGGAGCCGUGCAGCUGCAUUUUGGACCAACUGCAGACGUGACAGGCUCGACUGACAGAUACCCAGGCGUCGAUGGUGAUGAAAACCUCUUGUAA